UUACCUAAACCAGCAGUUUAUCAAAAGGCAAAAAAUGAGUGAAGCAGACCGAACGUUUGGCUACUCAUUAGACACUGGUGAAGAACAACUCAUGGACAUUGGUGAGUUAGCUCUUGAUACAUGGAAGCGACUAAUGAUCAAACCAUUGAAGAAGAAUCUUCAUGAGUUGUUGCUUCGAGAAAUUCACAGAGAUCGGUGUGGUGAAGACACCAAUCAGGCUGUACUUCAUGGUGUCAUUAACUCACUCGUUGAUGUGGAGCGCUACAGGCAAAAGGACCAAGUGCAGUUAUAUCAAGAGUUAUUUGAGAGCAAGCUUUUAACUGAGACUGGGGAAUACUACAGGAAAGAAUCAGCCAAUCUGCUGCAGAAUUACAACUGUUCACAAUACAUGGAAAAGGUGCUCCAAAGACUACAGGAGGAAAACUUUAGAAGUCGGAAGUUUUUACAUCCCAGCUCUUAUAACAAAGUGAUGCAUGAAUGUCAAAUGAGGAUGGUUGCUGAUCACAUGGUCUUCCUACAUGGUGAAUGUAAAAACAUGGUGCGCAAUGAAGUACUAGCAGACCUUUCUAGGAUGUACAAGUUGCUCAAACCCGUUGUAAAUGGACUUCACAUCAUGGUCAAUGAACUCCAAGAACACAUCAAACAAACAGGGUUGCAGGCUGUUUCAAGUCUACAGGGUGAAAAUAUCCAUGCCCUAUUUGUGGAUGCAAUCUUGGCCUUACACAGCAAGUAUACAAAGAUGAUAUGUGAGACAUUAGGCAAGGAUAAAGUCUUCUCCAUGGCCUUGGAUAAGGCAUGUGCUGCCAUAGUCAACCACAGACCUCACCCAAGACAGCCUUGCAAAUCACCUGAACUGUUAGCCAAAUACUGUGAUACAUUACUGAAGAAGAGUGCGAAGGGAGUCAGUGAAUCUGAAAUUGAUGACAAGUUACAACAAUCCAUUUUAGUCUUUAGAUAUAUUGAUGACAAGGAUGUCUUCCAACGGUUUUAUGCACGUAUGUUAGCCAAGCGAUUGAUUCACGGCUUGUCAACAUCCAUGGAUACUGAAGAAUCUAUGAUCAACAAAUUGAAGCAAGCUUUUGGCUACGAGUUCACCAACAAGCUUCACAGAAUGUUCACAGACAUUGGAGUUAGUGAAGGACUUAAUGGCAAUUUCAACACAUUCUGUCAGGACAAGCAAGUGGAUCUCAGUGUCAACUUUUCUAUAUACGUCCUGACAACAGGAUCAUGGCCUUUGGGGCAGUCAACACUUGCACCAUUUGCUAUACCACAAGAGCUGGAACAAAGUGUUAGUAAGUUUGAGGAAUUCUACAGCGAGAAGCUUCCAGGCAGGAAGCUGACAUGGUUGCAUCAUUUAUGCACAGGUGAACUCAAGCUCAACUAUCUGAAGAAGAGUUAUAUUGUGACUGCAACUACCUUCCAAAUGGCAGUAUUACUGCUCUUCAAUAGCCAGUCAUGUCUACGCUACAGCGAACUGUUAGAAAGCACGCAACUUGGUGAAAAGGAAUUACAGAGAACCGUUCAAUCACUAGUAGAUGUCAAACUGGUUGACAACAAAGCACAGGAUGACCUUGAUACCAGUGCCAGCUAUGUAUUAAACAUGAACUACAGUAAUAAGAGAACAAAGUUCAAGAUAACUACAGCUGUCCAGAAAGACACGCCACAGGAAGUUGAACAGACCCAUGUAGCUGUAGAUGAGGAUCGUAAGCUGUACAUACAGGCUGCUAUUGUACGGAUCAUGAAAGCCAGGAAGCAGCUGAAACAUAAUAUACUUAUUCAAGAGGUGAUAAGUCAGGCCAAGGCACGCUUUUCACCCAGUGUCAGCAUGAUUAAGAAGUGUACAGAAAUCCUUAUAGACAAGCAGUACUUGGAACGUACAGCGUCUGCUGAUGAGUAUGCAUACAUUGCAUAGAUGCAUUAUGCCGUAGACAUGCUUCAGACAAACCUAUUCUUGUCAGUUCUAUAAAAAAUAACUGAACUCUAAUUGCAAAACAAACUGACCGAAAUGUUUAUCAUUUUGAAUAUUUGAUACAAUCAGGACUUGAAGAGAGCUGUCCUGUUAAGGUAUAUUUAAAAUUCUGCACUAAUCUGUUUUUUUUGUCAUGAAUUGAGAAGUGACUACAUGUCCAUAGUGUGGGUGUGUAUGAAAUGGAGCAUUCCAAACCAAUACGGGGCCUAUGUGGUACCUGUAUGAGCCAAAAGGUUGUAUCCUCUGAAACAUGACCACCUUCAAGCUUCCCAUCAACAAACAGUUUAAAAACGCAUGUGGGAAAAUGGGGAAGAUGUCCAAUGUUUAGUCUUUUAAUACUGUGAUUUGGGUGAGUCCAUGCAGUGCCUCAUUGGAAAGCAAAUGUACUAUUCUUACAAGUGACCCUAUUUGUAGUUUUUGAUUUUUUGGUAAUUUUUGUUAUAAUAAAUAGCAAAAUGUCAAUUUGGCUGAGAUGAAUGCAGAUAAGUUUAAGAUCAUGAAUAGUUCCUGUAUGCUGGAAGUAUUGUCUUAUGGUUUGUAGGGGUGGAUAUGCAUGAUUGAUAAAUCUUUGGGUCAUGUGAAUCUGUGGGUAUUGAUCAAGAUUGCACCCACACGGCCAUUUUUACAGAUGCCUCAAACAGGUCAAAAUCCUGUUAUACUGGUCUUUUAUAGUUUUUUUCUUAAAACAAUUCAAAACUUAUUCUGACAUGUAUGUGAAGGUUAUAUCUGACAUUCUUGCUCGGUACAUUUUAUCCACUGUCAAGAUAGGUUCUUGAAUAUGAGUCAUGUAUACAAAUUCAUGCAAAAACAGGUCCUAAACCAAUUGUGAAAACCUCAUUUCGAAUUUCAAAACCCAUCAAUAUUUAGGAGAAAUAAGUUGAUCUCAUGUGAUAGCAUCUCAAUCGAUCGACCUUAUGCGUUUAGGCGGUAUUAGAGGGCAGUGGUUUUGUAUCGCUAUGUAGGUGUGAAUAACCUAUUUUAAAUUCAUUGUUUCUAAAUUAAAAUAACAAUCAGCACCCUGUGAGGAACCUGCAAUGCACAAGGUCUAUAGGAAUAGCCUGGCUGGCUGGCUGUCAUAAAUACUAAACAAAGGUUAUUUAUUGCUUAAUUUUGUAAAUCAUCACAAAGGUGGAAAUCAUAGUCAAUUAUUUUAUCUGCUUCUGUGUAAGUUUGUGUUUCAAA